CACCAAUGGUAAACAGAUUACAAGGGAUUCACUUAUUUAAAGACUGGGCCGAAAGCUGAGCAGUUUAUUUUCGUGUCAACCUGGAAUAACACAACUCCACCAGCCGUGCUUAACCAACCAAAGGGAUCUAAUUAAAGCAACAGACCUUCGGGCUUUCUGGGACAGUGCUGUGGAGGCUCAUUGUUGUAGUAGACCUGCAGCUUGGGAGCACACAGAGCAGGAGACCCAGACGAGGAACAAGGCCCAGGACGGUGUCACCCAACCCAGGUAGUGACCACCGCCCGCCUCCACACUUCCCUCACCUGGAGCUCUGGUGAGCUCCCCGGACCACCUCCGUCAUGGCCCUCAGGCUUCUCCCUUCCCUCAUCGGGGACGACGAGGACGACGAUGGCAACUUUACCAACUGGAUGAGCAGCUACUGGGGUCACGGGUCACAGAGCGCACGAUCCAAAGAGAGAAAGCGCAGCUUCAGGAGACCGGCCAGGGCAAAGGCAGACCGCCGGGCCUCCCUCCCCUGCAUGUCCCAGCUGGAUGCCAUGCAACUGAAUCGUCUUCAGGCGGCCAGCAUAACGCCUAACCCUCAACUGGAGAAGGAGGUCAAGGUUCACCCCCGCGCACGCCGAGUGUCCUCAGAUGACAUCAACCGCCAGAAGUCCGUCUUGCCGGAGAACCGUAUCACCACCAUCCCCGAGCUCACCGAGUCGUUUGAGAGGAGACUGCAUUUCCACAACAAGAAGGUCACGUCUUUCAGUGAAGCAGACAAUGUGUGUCUUAUCUGCCAUGGGGACAUGAGGAAGGAUGUAGGAGGAGCGGUCCAAGAGCUGUACUGUGCUCACCGUUUCCACAAAGAGGCGGCGAGGAGAGGAGAGACGGCGCGACCCCGGAGCAGCAGCGCCACGGCCGAGAGCGAGAGGAGGAGGUCCACAGACGAGCGGCGGAAGUCAGGGGAGGGGCCGUUCUGCGACGGGUCCGAGGAAUAUCGGAUGCCUCGCCGCCAGCUCUCUCUGCGGAGACAACGCUGAUAUCAGGACGGAAGCCAGGAUGUCUUCGCUGGAAGACGGAGAGAAAGAGAACCUGAAUGUUUCGAACCGAGCCUCAGCGUCCUGUUUGAACUUUUCACAUCAUAGAGAGUGUUCCAUUGGAACUCUCCUCCAGUUAUAUACAGGCCCUGGUUUGAUCCUAAGAACUAGUAGUACUGUAGAGCAGUUCAUGCUUUUGUGUUUUCUAUGGGCUAAUCCAAAACCAUGUCCAAUGCUUCUUUUCGGUCAUCUUUUCCGAACAGUGGAAUCCCAUUUUCUGUCACAAAAGCAAGUCACAGAACUUACCCCAUGCUGAAUCUUGUCCUGCUCAAUCUUUCCAUCUAUCAUAUGAAAUACACCUACAGUUACAGUAUACCAAUUAGAUUUAAUAGACAAGUCGAUUUUAUUUCGUUUUCAUCCAUUUUAUUUACAUUAUUUCCAUCUUUGAUGUUCUUAUGUGUGUUGACGUUAUAUUCUGAUAUUUAAUCCAGUUGUUAGUUGAUAUAUACAUUGCAUGCAAUAGUAUUAAAUGUGUGUGGUUUCUAUUUCAUGAGGGAUUUCUAUAACAUUUAAGCCUUAAGAAAAAAUAAAUAUGUUCUGUGUUAUUUCAGUGUUUAUAUCUCUGUACCGUUCCAUAAAUACUCAAAGACAUCAAAUACCUCAUUAAGGGAAUCUGUUUACCAGCUUAGUCAAGAUGUAUCAUAAUGUAACUUCUCUACCUUUCCGAGAACCUCCAAAACUGUCCAGAACAUUUAAAUUCGGGGGUCAAAGGUCAUAGUAGGUCUCAGGUUCUGACCCUGAGAGGAGGGACAAGAGGUUAAAGCUUUGCUCCUGUCGGUAGGUCAGUCAGCUCUGCAUGCAUGUGAUAAAUAAUGGAAAUCAAUGCCAAAACAACCAAGCAGACUAAAACGUGUCCUGUGCUCUCCCAGAUGCAUCCUGUGGCAGUCCGACUGCGUGGCUCACCUCUUGUUGAAUAUUCUCAGGGGGUCGGCCAUAGUGGCGCAUCACAUAGUAUUAGUUGUAGUAGUUAGCAGUAGUUGACACUAUUUAAAAACAUCUUUAUUGCAUAUAUUUUUGGGGGAGUGCUAGUAUUUAUCGUUCCCCUCAUUGCCCAGGGGCUGAGCGUGAGAUGGCUGAACGUGAGACGGCGUGGCCGUGCGGUGGUGUGCGAGCGUGUG